GAAGCCAGUGGAGUAUGUGGAGGGAAACAGUGUAAAGUAGUGAAAACUCCAGACAUGCUCAGUCUGUCAGUGGAAACAGUGAGACAAGAGAUGAGACGCUGCGUGAAUCUUUGCCAUCCAGGACCAAAUGUUCUGCUGCUGUUAGUGAAACCUUCUGAUUUCACUGAAGAGAACAGACUCACACUGAAGUUCAUCCUCAGUCUGUUUGAUCAAGAUGCUUCACAGUACUCAGUGGUCAUCAGCACACAUGAGUCAAGUGAAAAAGAUGUCUCUUUCACUCGACUACUUAAAGACUGUGGAGGACGACACUACAGCAUGGCUGAAGAUAACUACCGGACAUUACUGACACAGAUUGAGAACAUAAAUAAAGGAACCUUCCUCACGUACACUUGGGAGUCCAUAAGACCAAAGUCUGAACACAUGAAACCAGCUUUAAACCUGGUCCUGUGGGGGAGGAGAGGAGCAGGGAGGACUUCAGCAGCAAAGUUCAUUUUAGGUCAGACAGGUCUUCAUUCAGCCUCCAGCUCAUCAGAGUGUGUUAAACAUCAGGGAGAGGUGUGUGGACGUUGGGUUUCCCUGGUGGAGCUUCCUGCUCUGUGUGGAGAACCUCUGGAGACAGUGAUGGAGGAAUCACUCAGGUGUGUCUCCCUCUGUGAUCCUGAAGGUGUCCAUGCCUUCAUCCUGGUCCUACCUGUGGAUCCUCUCACUGAUGAAGACAAGGGAGAGUUAAAGAUGAUCCAGGACACCUUCGGCUCUGGAGUCAAUGACUUCAUGCUGAAUCUGUUCACUCUAGAGUCAGAUGCUCCAGCUGUUACCAAAAAUUCCAAAGAUGUCCAGGAACUCGUUCAGAGCUGUGGAGGAAGAUCUUUUGUUCUAAAUAUCAAGGACCAGCAGCAGAUCCCAGAGCUGUUGAACAGUUUAGAGAAAUACAGACCUGGAUUUGACAGGAAACUACUCAACAGCUACACAACAGAGACAUUUGCACAUGUCCAAAUAGAAAAGGUCAACAAACUACAGGCUGAGCUUGAGGACCUGAAAUCAAAAAGAACAACCAGGCGUGAUGAUGAGAAGCAGAGCUCAGAGGGUCUCAGGAUUGUGCUGAUCGGGAAGACCGGCUGUGGGAAGAGUUCUUCAGGAAACACCAUUCUAGGAAGAAAGGAGUUUAAAGCUGAAUCAAGUCAAACAUCAGUCACUAAAUGCUGUCAGAAAGAAGAUAGUGAGGUGGACGGUCGUCCUGUUGCUGUGGUCGACACUCCUGGUCUGUUUGACAAUAACUUGUCCCAUGGCGAUGUUCAUGAAGAGAUGAUAAAUAGCAUCAGUCUUCUGGCUCCAGGUCCACAUGUCUUCCUGUUGGUGUUACAAAUCGGAAGAUUAACACCCGAGGAGAAGGAGACAUUAAAACUGAUCAAAGAAGGCUUUGGGAAGGAUGCUGAGAAGUUCACCAUCAUCCUUUUAACUGGAGGAGAUUCACUUGAAGAGGACGAGCUGUCCAUUGAAGAAUAUGUCGCUAAGAAAUGUGAUGAUUCCUUCAAGAAACUGAUCUCUGACUGUGGAGGAAGAUACCACGUGUUCAAUAACCGUGAGAAACAAAACAGAACUCAGGUCAGUGAGCUGAUGGCAAAGAUCGACACCAUGGUGAAGACAAAUGGAGGCAGCUGCUACACCAAUGAGAUGCUGCAAGAAGCUGAAACUGCUAUAAAGAAAGAAAUGGAGAGGAUCCUGAAGGAGAAUGAAGAGAUGAGGAAAGAGAGGGAGGAACUUCAAAGAAAACAUGAAGAAGAAAUGAAAGAAAUGAAAAAAAGAAUGGAAGCAGAGACUGAAAAACAGAGGAAGAUAGAAGAAAAGAUACUAGUAGAAAAGGACGAAAAAAUCAACAAAGAAAAAGAAGAAGGAAGAAAAGAACAGAGAAUAAGAGAAGCAGAAGACAGGAGGAGGAAACAACAGGAUGAACUGAAAAGACAGGAGUGGGAACAGAAAUUUGCAGAUUUGGAAAAACAGAUAAAGGCAGAAUCACAGGGAACUGAAACAAUUGACCAAAAACUGGAGGAAGCCAGAAAAGAAAUGGCCAAACAAAAAGACGACUGGGAGAAAAGGCUUGAUCAGUGUUGGAAGGAAAGGUUUCAAGAAAACGAACAGAUAAGAUAUGAGGAGCAAACUAAACUGAGAAACCUCCAAGAAGAAUAUGAAAAGGAAAAAGAAAACAAUGAAAAGAAAAGAAAGGAGGAGGACCGAAUCCGAAAACAACAAGCAGAAAAAGAGAAGAAAAACAUGGAGGAGAAGUUUAAGACAAAACUGGAGAAUCUGACAAAGAAGCAUGAAGAUGAAGCCAGAAAGAAAGCUGAAGAGUUCAAUGAGUUCAAAGAGAAACAGAGAAAAGAGUACGAAAAACAAACGAAAGACAAAGAUGAGAAAUAUGACCUCUUGCAGGUGUGUAAAGCCAACAGCGAAGAAGAAAUGAAGAAGAAACAUCAAACUGCGCUCUAUGACACAGUGAAUGUGAUCACUGUGGAGGAGCACAAAACAGAGUUUAAAGAGUUGUGUAAACAAUGA